AUGGAUCAGGAAGUUCGUCAAUUGUCCCAUUUGCAAUUUGGGCCACCACAGGAGGUGGUACAGCUCGAGAGGAAAACCCUCACGCAGGAGUUGCAGGAGACGGAGAUUUUCCUCAAAAUUCUCGCAUCUCCCGUCAAUUCAGCUGAUCUUAUCACAAUCACGGGCAAGUAUGCCAUCACCCCACUCCUUCCGUGUGUUCCUGGCAAUGAGUGCGUAGCUCGUGUUGAGAAGAUCGGAAGUGCCGUGCGGGAUCUUGCUGUUGGGGAUCUUGUUGUACCCUUUCGUAGUGGUCUGGGGACAUGGCGCUCCCAUGGGAUCUUCAGUGCAUCCGAUUGGUUCCGUAUACCCCCAAGCAUGGACACUGUGGCAGCUGCUACCCUCACGGUGAAUCCCCCAACAGCCUACCGGAUGCUGCGGGAUUUUGUGGCGCUCAAACCCGGUGAUACAGUCCUCCAGAAUGGGGCCAACAGUGCUGUGGGGCAGCUUGUUGCACAGCUAUGCCGCAAAUGGGGCAUAAACUGUGUGGGCGUUGUACGUGCACGCCCAGACAUUGAUGCCCUCAAGACGAAACUCAAGGCGGGCGGGGCAACGGAAAUCUACACCGAAGAGGAGUUUGCCAAGACGGAAGUCUUCACGGAUAGUCUCCCAGCCCCGAAGUUGGCACUCAAUUGCGUCGGCGGGGAAAGUGCGGAAAAUCUUCUCAAUGACCUCGCACACGGUGGGUACUUUGUCACCUACGGAUGCAUCUCGAGGCGCGACAUAACCAUCCCAUCUUCCGUCUUCAUCUACCGCGACAUCAAGUGCUGCGGCUUCUGGCGCACAAACUGGACACGCGAGAAUCACGGGAAUCCCGAACGUGUGCGCAUGCUGGAGGAGAUUGUUGCCAUGUACCAGGCGGGUGAUCUCACAGCUCCUGAUGCCGAAAUGAUUCCCAUUGAGAACUUCCAGACUGCCCUCGGGGGUGUCCAGGGGAAGAAAUGUAUUAUUACUUAUGAAUAA